AUGUCGGAUCGUUUCACAGUCGAGCAGGUUCUAGAUCAACUUUGGUCCGUACAGUACGAGUACAGCGCCUCUGACGACGAGACCGAGGCCGAGGCCGAGGACGUGUCCGAAGAAGAGGACGUUGUCGAAUACAAUGCAGAACGUGAAACAUCAUCAUCGGCGGAGGAAGAAGAAGGCGACGCUGACCUCUCCGCGGGUCGUCUUGAAGACCGACGCGGCCAGAGGUUCCUGUCCAAGGACGGCAAAGUUUGGUCCUCGGUGCCACACGGGAGAGGAGAGGACGACGCGCCUGCGGCACGCCGCGAUGCGCCGCCGCCGCCGCUGCCGCCGGUGGGGGGUCCGACGCCGUAUGCCGUUUCCAACGCCCACGACAUAGCUUCGACGUUCGCGUUGUUGAUUACGGCCGAAAUAGAAGAAAUAGUGCUGGCCAUGACCAACCUGCAGGGCGUUCGCAAAUACGGACAAGAGUGGAAGAAGGGCAUCGACGAGACCGACCUGCGCGCCUACAUCGGGCUGCUAAUCCUAGCGGGCGUGUACAGGUCACGAGGCGAGGCGGCGGCAAGUCUGUGGGACGCGGAGAGCGGGAGGGCCAUUUUUCGAGCAACUAUGCCGCUCAAGGUGUUCCACGGGUACUCGAGGCUCCUGCGAUUCGACGACCUCGAGACCAGACCCGCUAGGCGCUCCACCGACAAGCUGGCAGCCAUAAGGGAGGUGUGGGACAAGUGGGCGGCACGUCUGCCGCUGCUGUAUAACCCCGGGCCUGACGUGACGGUAGACGAACAAUUGGUACCGUUCAGAGGUCGUUGUCCUUUCCGGCAGUACAUACCCAGCAAGCCCGCUAAGUACGGGAUAAAGUUUUGGGCGGCGUGCGACGCCAGAUCCAGCUACGCCUGGAAAAUGCAAGUUUACACCGGGAAGCCUAUCGGUGGAGCUGUGGAAAGGAACCAGGGCAUGCGGGUAGUGCUCGACGUGACCGAAGGACUGAGGGGUCGCAAUGUCACGUGCGACAACUUUUUCACCUCGUACGAGCUGGGGCAGAGGCUCCUCCGGAGGGACAUGACCAUGCUCGGCACGGUGCGGCAGAACAAGCCCGAGCUCCCGAAGGCGCUGCUCGCGACCAAGGGCAGAGAGGUCUUCUCUUCGACCUUCGCCUUCACGGACAGCACCGCGGUGGUGUGCUACAUCCCGAAGAGAAACAAGAAGGUGCUGCUGAUGAGCACGCGGCGGCGGGACCACCACCAGGACAAGGAGGCGCGAAUCAGCGAGCGCCGGGACAGGAAGCCGGCGCUGGUCCUGGACUAUAACAGCACCAAAGGCGGCGUGGACAACCUGGACAAGGUGAUCGGCACGUACAGUUGCAGGAGAAUGACUCGCCGAUGGCCUCUCGUGGUGUUCCACAACCUCAUAGACGUCUCUUCGUACAACGCCUUUGUGAUAUGGCGGGAGCUGAACCCCUCGUGGCUGUCUGGCAAGCGCAACAAGAGAAGGGUGUUCCUGGAGCGGCUGGGAAAGCAGUUGGUGGCGCCGCUCAUCCGGAGGAGGGCUAGGUUUCCGCGAACCGUGGCUGCGGCGGAUGUGGUGAGAGCGAACACGGACAGGAACAGGGACAGGGACAGGGACAGGGACAGGGACAGAGAAGAUCACCACGACCCGCCACGGCUUGCCGCAGAGUCUGACUCUGCUGCGGCGGACGGCAGCAGGACGCGAAAGAGAAAGAGGUGUGAGAUGUGCACUGAAAAAAAGGACAGAAAGACCAGGUUUGUGUGUCGCAGCUGCCGCAAGUACAUCUGCGGCGGGUGUUCUGUGGCGGUUUGCGGCACUUGUGCCGGAGCACUGUGA